UACAUGCAGGAAAUGGAGGUUUACAAGCAGAAAAAGAAGGAAGAAGCCUUGAAUCUUAGGAAGGAAGAGGAGGAGAUGAUGAAACUUCAAAAACAAGAAGCUCUUCAAUUGCUUAAGAAGAAAGAGAAGACAGAGAAUAUUAUUAAGAAGACCAAGGAGAAGCGCCAGAAGAAGAAGAAGCAGCAGCAGAACUCUGACCCUAACAAGCCCAAGAAGCCUGCUUCUUCAUUCCUUCUGUUCAGUAAAGAAACAAGAAAAACUCUGAUCCAAGAGCGACAAGGAAUCAACAAUUCUACAAUUAAUGCCCUGAUUUCAGUGAAAUGGAAAGAACUUAGUGAGGAAGAGAAGAAUAGUUGGAAUGCCAAAGCAGCUGAAGCCAUGGAAGCAUACAAGAAAGAAUUGGAAGAAUACAAAUCUACAGCAGCUGCUGCGGAGGAGAACAAGCUGCAACAGUGAAAGCUCUGAUGUUUUGUUGAUGUUCAAGUGUUUGUUGAACAUCAUCGUCAUUUUAGUAGGCUUUUAAGAGCUGUUCAAUGUUAACUUUUUUGACUGCAAUUUAAGAUCCAGU